AUUUUUAUGAAUUGUCACCACGUAAUCGCGCUUUGACUUUACUCGAACAUCACGAAUAUAUUUACUCACAUUUUUAUGGUUCCAAGGAAGAGAAAUUUCUCUACAUGGUUAAAAAAUCCACCGAAAAAAUGGAUGAAAAAGCUAGUGAAAAAAUUUCUAAAACCGUUGAGGACUCUGCCUUACAGCGACGAUGGGAAAAUGGUGAAUCCAAAGGGAACAUUUAUAACAUACGGCCCUUACCCACCGAUUCUCAUAAACACAAGCUGGGACGCGCUUUGUCUUUUGUGGACUUUCUAUGUCAGACUUCCUAUCAGGAAAGCGUCACUCGAGAAUCACAAAAAGUAUCUCACAAUGAAGCUGAGAGUUUUGAGAAGACAAAUAAUGAAGUUGGAAACAAGAAGGUAUUACCGCCCACGCAUGAUAAAUCUUACAUAUACAGUAAAAGACAACAAGAUAAAGAGAUUCAUGGCCGGAGUCUCAGUUCGCUUAACGCCAGCCAAACCGCCAAAACUAACGAGGUCGAUGAUUACAAAAAUGCAAAUGGAAGUAGCAAGUUCGAGAUUCAAGAGUAUGAAGAUAUUUCAACGGGUGAAUCUUGCCCUAACAGAGCAAGAAUUUUCGGAAUACAGCCAUCCUUGGGGCAACUGCUCCGAAUCGGUACCGUGGGAGGUAUUGAAGGGACAAAAUGGACAUCAUGUCGAUUUGUACAGCCGUACUACAGGAUUGGAAAAGAUGGUAGUCAGAAACCUAUGUCCAAUGUGCCGGAGGGUGGCACACACAUUGAAUCUCAUAGGUAUUUCAACAAUUCACCUAUGGUGAUCGAAAUUAUUGCGAAUGAACUCGGACGUCGCCAAAUUGCAGAUUCUCUUGGCCAUAGGACCUGUGAAGUUUCAAGUCUUACCAAAUGUAUGGAUGCAAAAUCAGUAUUUAGCACUUAUUUUGACGAGAUUGCUAUGGUCGCGUUUUUGAGUUAG